AUGGAUCUGUUCUUCAAGUUCACUUUGGAUGCUAGCACUUCUUUCUUGCUUGGCCACAGUGUCAAUAGCUUGGAGAACCCUCAGGAUCGUUUCUCUGACGCCUUUGCGACCGUCCAACAUGUCCAAUCAACUAUUGCUCGAGUAGGACCCCUCAACCGGCUUGUACCACGCAAAGCAUUUUACGCUUCUCUUCGUGUCAUGGAAGAUUUCAUGCAGCCUUUCAUCGAACAGACCCUACAAUUGACUCCGGAGGAGCUCGAAAAGAAGUCCAAGUCAGACGAAGGCUAUAACUUUUUGUACGCGCUUGCUGGCUUCACGCGUGAUCGCACGGUCUUGAGAGACCAGCUGGCUGCUGUGUUGCUUGCUGGACGUGAUACUACUGCAUGCACCCUAUCAUGGCUGUUCAGCGAAAUCUCCAGACGACCGGACAUUGUGUCCAAGCUACGACGCGAGAUUGAAGAGUACGUGGGUAUGGACAACAAACCUACUUACACUCACAUAAAGAACAUGCGAUACCUGGCUCACGUCAUCAACGAGACCUUGAGACUCUACCCUAUCGUACCUUUCAACGUCAGAGUUUCCCUGAAGGAUACGACUCUGCCGCGCGGUGGUGGCCCAGAUGGUACUCAGCCUAUUGGUAUUCCUGGUAAGUCAAGUCAAUACAAGAAAGAGUCCACUCGUCGCGAGGACAUCUACCCUCCCACGUCCGAGAAGUUCCCACACUACCUUGACUUCGAGCCUGAUAGAUGGGACGGAUGGAACCCAAAGAUGUGGACAUACAUUCCGUUCAACGGUGGACCACGUAUAUGUAUUGGUCAGCAAUUUGCUUUGACUGAAGUCGCAUACAGCGUCGUCCGCAUCUUGCAAACGUACUCACGAGUCGAAUGUAAGAUGGCCGAGCGUCCAAAGCUAAAGACGGACAUUGUGGUUCAGCCAUCAGACCCGCUCCAUUUGGUGUUCUAUCGAGACUAG